GAUGUCCCACCAUGUUGUUUUUUGCUUAGGCCAUAAAUCUUUACUUCUGGAACUGUGUCAGGGAAUAGAGCUUUGAACUUUGUUAAACAUGCAGAUAUUAGCAGAAAUAUUUAUAAUGGGGCUUAUGAAAGGGAGCCCCGGAGUAACCGAUAAAAUUAUUGUCGCAUUAUUAGGAUGUCACAAGUUUAAACUGUUGAAACAGUCUCUUGUAGAAAUGCAAGUAAAGACUGUGUAUAAUAGGCUCUUAUGAUCUGACCUUUUUUUUUUCCAGACGUUGCAUAUACCGGGAGUUUUAGUACACUGAUAUGUUUUUUUUUAAUCUGAAUAAGAGUACAAAAUCAAUUACAUGUCAUAUCUUUAGAAUGUCAGCUAAAAGAUUAUAUAGCUUAUGGUAGAUAAUAGACCUAGAGAUAGGUAUUCUUUAUGUAUGUAUCUGGGAUCUUUAUGACCUGAGUCUAAAAGGCUAAAAGGGUGUCUGAUUUGCCAUUUUUCUUUAAAAGUUCUGUCCUUUUGGGUUUUUUUUUGAGCUUUGAUAGGUCUUCUUGAUUCCCAUUUUUGGUACUCUGAAACAAUUCAUGGAUAUGACAGCUAUGGUGUACUAUAUGCUUUUCUUGGGCUUUGGGUAUUUUCUUAUGGUACUUGGAGUUACUUCACCUAAAGGUGGUUGUGUUGUUGUUCAGUUCUUCAAGUGGCAUUUUCAUGGUGUUACAGAUACCCCUCAUUUCACUUUCUGUGCUUCUGUAUUGUACAGAAGCAUAGAGAUUCUUGAGAAAACAAGCAUUGGAGUGAUUCUUGAAAAAUGAUAUAAGAAAGUUGAAAAUGGCAUCAUCUUCAGCUGAAAAUAGUCCAGUGCCACUCAGAGUAGCACCCCCAAAUUAUCAUCCAUAUCCACCUCCUUUGGCUACAUAUGAGAAUGUUGUGGCCUCCCCUCAACUGUUCAUGGAUACUUUGCGGAAGCUCCAUGCUACCAUGAAAACCAAGUUCAUGAUCCCUGUUAUAGGGGGCAAAGCGCUGGAUCUGCAUCGCCUCUUUGUCGAGGUAACUACUCGUGGUGGCAUCUCAAAGGUUCUAGGGGAGAAAAGAUGGAAGGAAGUAACAUUAGUUUUUAGCUUUCCUUCUUCAGCCACAAAUGCUUCCUUUAUCCUCCGGAAAUAUUACAUUUCGUUGCUAUUCCACUACGAAAGAGUCUACUAUUUCAAGGCAAAGUACUGGACUCCUUCUCCUGACGUGUUACAGCAAGCCUCACAUACAUCUCCACCUCAUGGUUUCGCCGGAUAUGUGCUUCCACCACCAGAAAUAGAAGCUGCUGUGCCCCAGCCACAGAGGAUAGAAACAACAGUUCCUGAAGCAACUCCAGCACCUUCGACAGGCUCACCUGUGUCUGGUUUCAUAGACGGGAAGUUUGAGAGUGGAUAUCUUAUCACAGUGAAGAUCGGAUCCGAGGAUUUUAAAGGCGUUCUGUACCAGGUCCCAAUGAAUGAAAUGCGCCAAGAGUUGCAAAAUCAGAAUGUACCUGUUUACAACACUGGGAAAGAAGCUUCACCAACUGGGGUAGUUCGAAGAAAGCGUAGGAAGAAAUGUGAAAUCAAAAAGCGCGACCCUUCCCAUCCCAAGCCUAACAGAAGUGGUUAUAACUUUUUCUUUGCAGAACAACAUGCCCGGCUGAAACCUCUUUAUCCCGGAAAGGAUAGGCAGAUUAGUAGGAUGAUAGGUGAAUUAUGGAACAAUCUAAACGUACCAGAGAAGAUGGUCUAUCAGGAGAAAGCUGUGCAAGACAAAGAACGAUACAGAUUAGAGAUGCAAAACUAUCGCGAGAGAUUAACAACCGGGCAAACUACUAGCAAUCCACUGGCAAUACAAUCUCCUCUUGAACAUGAUGUCGAUAUGAUUGAUCAGCAAAGUGAACUUCAAAGUGAAAAUGGAAACAUUUCUUGGAGUCCGGAGCACGGAACAAGUUCAGACAAAUGUGGUGCACAGAGCAACUCGGAGAACAACAAAGGCACAGACACGAGUUUAGACCCUAACACCCUCCCUCCGGCAUUAGCAAUGAAGACAAACAACGCGAUCGUGGAUGAAUUUGAGUUGCUUAAGAGAGUAGACAUGGUCGAAUGCGAGGAUAAAGAAAUGCAGGAAGAACUAGAAGAUGAUGAUGAAGGUGAUAAACAAAAUGAAUUACAACAUAGCAAGGAUAAAGUUUUCUUCUUUCUUGAAGAAAAAACUUUAUUACCAACUGAGGAGAAAAUAUAAACAUGGUAAAGCUUAACUUUUAACUUGUCUUAAUUAUAGUGUUUGUUUCACUUAAUUAGUGAUUAUUUUGUUGUUUAAAUCUUAACUUUCUAGCAUAGUUUUGGAACACAAUUUAGUAGUAUGAACUAUUCUGAUGUAUUUCAUGUGCUUACUUUAAAGAUUAACUGCCCUUUUGGACUA